GGGAGGGCGGCGGGAGAGGCUCCGCGUCCGGGCGGGCGGAGGCGGGCGCAGCGGGGCCGGCCGGCGGCGGGCCUGGCUGCGCGCGGUGUGUGAGGGGACGGAGAGCGCAUCCCUGCCCUCCCGGGGCUCCCGAGAGUUGCAGCCACAGGUUAAUCGGAGCCCGCGCACGGUGCAGGAGUGCGGGCAGGUGAGGGAGCGGAGCGGAGAUCACCCAGAAGACACAAUGAGCGUUAAAGCUUUCAAGCUCGUUUCUGCUGUUGAGCGGGAGAUGUUAAUGGGAGACAAAAAUUACAUCAACAUUGAGUGCAUUGAGUGUUGUGGGAAGAACCUCUAUAUUGGAACCAAUGACUGCUUUAUCUAUCACUUUCUGUUGGAUGAAAAGGUAUCCACAGCUGGAAAAAUAACUUUUGCUGCCACCAAGCAACUACACAAAUACCUGGGUUUGAAGAAGCCUGUGAGUGAGUUGAAAGCAGCCUCUGCCCUCACAAGACUGCUUGUGCUUUGUGACAACACGAUAACACUAGUGAACAUGAUCAACUUGGAACCUGUCCCCACUGGUGCUAGGAUCAAAGGAGCUGUGACAUUCACCCUGAAUGAAAACCCUGUGAGUGGGGAUCCUUUCUGCGUUGAAGUUUGCAUUAUCUCGGUCAAGCGCCGGACCAUUCAAAUGUUCAUGGUGUUUGAAGACAGAGUCCAGAUAGUGAAGGAAGUGUUUACUCCUGAACAACCCUGUGCUGUGGCUGUAGAUGGUUACUACUUAUGCCUUGCCCUUACUACACAGUAUAUAAUUUUGAAUUACAAUACUGGCGUCUCCCAGGACCUAUUUCCUUAUUGCAGUGAUGAGAAACGGCCAAUUGUGAAAAGAAUAGGCAGACAAGAGUUUCUGUUGGCUGGCCCUGGAGGCCUAGGCAUGUUUGCUACUGUAGAUGGGAUUUCACAGCGCGCCCCAGUGCACUGGUCAGAGAAUGUGAUUGGGGCAGCUUUGUGCUUUCCUUACGUGGUUGCCCUCGAUGAUGAAUUCAUUACGGUGCACAGCAUGCUGGACCAGCAGCAAAAGCAAACCCUGCCCUUUAAAGAAGGUCACAUUCUACAGGACUUUGAAGGAAAGGUGAUUGUUGCUACUAACAAGGGUGUGUAUAUCUUGGUGCCACUACCUUUGGAAAAGCAGAUUCAGGAUCUUUUAGCUAGCCACAGAGUAGAAGAAGCCCUUGUUCUAGCAAAAGGAGCUCGAAGGAAUAUUCCAAAAGAGAAAUUUCAGGUAAUGUACAAACGAAUCCUGCAGCAAGCAGGUUUUAUACAGUUUGCACAGCUUCAGUUCCUUGAAGCAAAAGAACUCUUCAGAAGCGGCCAGCUUGAUGUCCGGGAGCUGAUCUCUCUGUACCCCUUCCUGUUGCCUACUUCCUCUUCAUUUAUCCGGUCUCAUCCCCCUCUGCACGAGUACGCCGACCUGAACCAGCUGACCCAAGGGGACCAGGAGAAGAUGACAAAAUGCAAACGAUUCCUCAUGAGUUACUUGAAUGAAGUCCGCAGCACUGAGGUUGCAAAUGGCUACAAGGAGGAUAUUGACACUGCUUUGCUCAAACUGUAUGCAGAGGCAAAUCAUGAGAGCCUGCUGGAUCUCCUAGUUUCAGAGAACUUCUGUCUUUUAACAGAUAGUGCUGCCUGGCUGGAAAAACACAAAAAAUAUUUUGCACUUGGUCUCCUGUAUCACUACAAUGGUCAGGAUGCUGCAGCACUUCAGUUAUGGGUGAAAAUAGUUGAUGGAGACAUUCAAGAUUCUACACGGUCAGAUCUCUAUGACUACAUUGUAGACUUCCUUACAUUCUGCUCAGACCAAGAGCUAGUGUGGAAGUACUCUGAAUGGAUUUUACAAAAAAAUGAAGAGGUUGGUGUACAGAUUUUCACUAAAAGGCCUUUGGAAGAACAGGAGAAAAACAACAUUAAUCCAGAUGAUAUCAUCAGUUGCCUUAACAAAUAUCCUAAAGCACGUGUCAAAUAUCUAGAACAUCUAGUACUGGAAAGAAAAAUACAGAAAGAGAAGUACCAUACUCAUCUAGCUGUCUUGUACUUGGAGGCAAUACUUCAGCUAAAAUCUGUGACCACAGAUAAUUGUACAGAAACAACCGAGCUGCUGUUGAAACUUCGCAGUCUGCUUCAGAAAUCUGAUCUUUAUAGAAUUCGCUUUAUUUUAGACAAAAUCCAGGGCACAGACCUUCAUAUGGAGAGUGCAAUUUUAUAUGGGAAACUAGAAGAACACGAGAAGGCUUUGCAUAUCCUUGUCCAUGAGCUGAAGGACUUCCAUGCUGCUGAGGAGUACUGUAUGUGGAACUCUGAGAGCAGAGACUCGCAGUACAGGCGGAGGCUGUUCCACCUGCUGCUGUCAGUGUAUUUAACCCCGGGCACCUCGGACUGCGCGCUCGUCAUGGCCGCCGUGGAUCUCCUCAAUAACCACGCUGCGGAAUUCGAUGCGGGUCUGGUUUUGCAGGUGGUGCCUGACAGCUGGUCAGUGCAGCUCCUCUCCCCUUUCCUGGCUGGAGCAGUGAGACAAAGCAUUCACACAAAAAGAAUGACUCAGGUGGCACUUGGGUUAGCACAAGCUGAAAACUUAAUCUACAAGCACGAGAAGGUUAAACAAAAAGGAGCCCCGAUUCUUCUUUCAGACAAAAAGUUCAACACCUUUCUUGCAUUGUGGGUCCGAGAGCUGUACUCGAGGUGUGGAGUGCUUUGCUUUGAAGCAGAAGACCUUUGAAUCUUUCUCCUAAUUUUGAAAUUAGGGAAGUAUAACUUGUGCUGAAUUUUAUUUAUUUUUCAAAGCCCGAGUAAGGAAUUUUGUAGUGCUUUGUACUAAGACAUGCAAGUCACAUUUAGUGAGAGGCACUUCAAAAGAAGUCAGGUGUGGGCAUUUCUGACUCAGUUCUGGCAUGAGUGAUUCUGCUGUGGCACUGGUACAAGCAGAGUUUGUAUCUUGUAGCCAUGGCUUUGAACAUUGUGUAUACAACUGACAGUAAUGGUAUACAAAAAUUUGUAGUCCCCUGUCCUCAAAAUACUUGCUGAUAAGAGUGGAAGUGAUUUUUACAAAGACCCUACAAACCUUUUGUGUACACUAGCAUGCAUUUCUUAAGAAAUAGUUUCUUUUGCUGACAGCAUCCUGAGUAUGCUCUUUUUUCCUUUUUACUAAGGAGGUACUAAAACAGACUCCUCUCCAUGAUUUAGAGUAAUUUUACCCACUUAGUAGUGAUAAAUUACUGCUGCAAUGGAAUAAAAAUCAUAUCAUUCCAGGCCUCAGGAAAGUUCUCAGUUCCUUUUGCAAGAAAAAGUAUGUCUAUAAAAGAUUAAAUAAUUCUUUAUUAAUAGUCAAUAUCUUUUUGCAGAUAUGUACUUUGGCUAAAAUGCAGAAAAACCAGUAAUUGUACAUACAGGACAAAUACAGAAACCAGAGCAAUGAAAGCCAGCAUUUUUGCAAUCAAAAGUGUGAUUAAUAUUUAAGUUGGGGGCAUCUAGUUCUUUGAAACCCAGUCCCCUGAAAAUGUGGGCUGGAAGAAUCGAUACAUUGUUACCUGUUGCUUUGUUAAAUUUUAUACAAGCACUCAUAUGAAUGAAUGAAUUAAUAUGGAAAUCCCAUGGUAACUAAAGGGAAAAGCAAAGAAAGCCAGUGUGAGGCUGAGGCAGAGCAAGAGCUCAGCAGGGAGGUGGCAGGUGGGUGAUGUUCUUCCUCUGUGUGUCCAGCAUGUGAGCAACUGGGAAUAUUCCCAACCAGAGGAGAUGUCAGCCCACAUCAGAGUGCUGUGUGGCACUCUGGGCUUUGUCACCAGGAAAUUUAUGAAAGGUGACAUUCAAAUUUCCUUAGGUGGGACAACUGACCACCCCUUGGGUAAGAGAGCUUCAUUCUGGGGAACCUGAGUUCAAUCCUUUUGUUUUGGCACUGUCAGUUUGGUGGUUCGUGGUUUAUGUACCUGAAAUCCUGGGCCAGCAUUGCCACUCUGGUAAGUUAUGGCUGCAGCAGCACAGAGGGAGUGAACAGGGAAGGAACCAGAUUUGGGUAUUAAUUACUGACUGCAUUUGUGAAGGAGGAGAGGCAGGAAAGAGGAAUAUUUCUCUGACCAUUUUUCUAGUUUGGAAGCAAAUGCUUUUUGGGAGUUAAAGCUUGAUGUGAUCUUUUUAUCUCCAGCUAAGGAAUGUGGAGUCUAAGACCUGCCCUUGGAGAGUGGAGAUUCUGCCAGAAUAUUUAUCCUUAAUUUAGCUGUUGGUAAAUUAUUUGAAAUUCAUCUCCCUCACUUUUUCCAACGAGUCUCCUCCAACUUUGUAUGUGUCAAAACCAAAACAGUAGUGCAGAUUUGUUUUUAAUGUGACACUGUGUCUGUGAUUCAGGACAUAAUAAAUGAGAUUAGUCUCUCACACUGAUGCCUCUGCAGAUAUCAAGACGUGUUUGUCUAACAUGGAACCUCCAGUUACUGAAAUAUUGCAGUUCUGACUUUUUUUUCAGCCAUUCACUGCUACAGAUGAUGGUACAUACAAAAAGCACUUGUCAAACUUUCUUCUACACUUUUAUAUCUCCACACUUCCUCAUGUAAAAAUUACCUAUGAUGUGUGUAUGUCAUCAUAUGCAGUUUUUCUCUCUCUCAGUCAAUAAGAGGAAAAAUCCUAACAAAAAAAAAUUGCUCAGAAUCUGGCACUCUGCUCAAAAUAAGAUUCAUGGCUGUAUAUUCAUGAGAAAGAAUUCAGUUACAUCUUCAUUUCUUUUGUUUAAGUGGAUAAGUUGUUCCAUUGAGAUCAGUAUUCUUGUAAUAUUGUCAAAGGCAGGGGAAAAGGAGCCUUUGAGGGUUGCCACACAGAGCACACCAGAGAUACCUAUGAACUUGUUCAGGCAGCCCAUCCCGAGGCAGCUCAGGUGUGUACAGGAGGUUAUAGUGAGAACUUCUCUCUUUGCUCCCCUUGCUCCCAGUCUCCAAAAACUUUCCAGCCUUUGUUAUCUGAUUAAUGUCACUCUUCUAGCACUUAACUGACAUGGGUACAAAUCUUGAGAGGUCUGGGGGACUCCUGAGCAGAUGUGUCUUCAGUAAAAUGUCACUUUAUUAUUCAGCCACAUGAAGCCCUACUGAUGUGAGCUGUGGAAAGGUGGUGGUAGGGAUGGAGUGUAUGUUUUCUUAGAACUUUAUUACAUGUUUAAACACACAAGCAUUAUCCUGACUGCUGAGUCUUUAUAACAACGUCUGUUCUUCACAGGACUCCUGUCUCGAAUGACAUUAAAAGUAUUUUGUUUUAUACAGUUCUACCAAUAAGUAAUUUUUUAUUUUAUAACUCUUCCUGAUUUGCUGCAGUCUCUAUUCAGCAUGGCUCUAAGUGUUUUAUUAACAUCCUGCUGUUCAUAACAGGCAGCAACUAAUACAUUUUCAUUGUGAGCUCUCUUCCUAUUGCCUAUAUUAGCUAAUUAAUUUUUCUCUUGCUGUACAACACUUUGGGGCUUAUGCCUUGUGAACACACUGGUAGUUAAAUGUGCUGCUACUUUGUAAGGAAAAAGAAGAAAAGUUAAUAACAUUCUGUAAUGUAUGAUUGAUUUCUAAAUUGAAGUUCCCCUGCAGUAAAUUUGUUCAGAUGGAAGUUUGUACCAUUAAGGCUUUUGGACUUAGUGGUUAUACUGGUGAACAUACACAGCAGUAUGUGGAAUGUAUAAAUGUAUAAAUAUGUCGAUUUUUAAUAAAAUAAAAUCUUUUAAUUACA